ACAGAGGUAAUGAUAACUGGUUGAUCAGGUAUGAAAAACAAGAUGAUGGACUUGAUCUGUCAGAUAAGGAUAGCCAAUGGACUAUAACUAAAGAAUCUACUGUUAAAAUUGCUGCAAUUGACAAUGGUUUAGCAUUUCCUUUUAAGCAUCCCGAUGAGUGGAGGGCAUAUCCCUUUCACUGGGCUUGGCUUUCUCAAGCAAAAGUUCCUUUCUCUCAGGAGACCAGAGACCUAGUUCUUCCUCGCAUUUCUGAUAUGAACUUCGUACAGGAUCUUUGUGAAGAUCUUUAUGAACUAUUUAAGACUGAUAAAGGAUUUGACAAGGCUACAUUUGAAAACCAAAUGUCCGUUAUGAGGGGGCAGAUACUGAACCUUACUCAGGCAUUAAAGGAUGAAAAAAGUCCCAUUCAGCUUGUUCAGAUGCCACGUGUGAUUGUGGAGCGAAGUAGCACUGGAAGUCAGGGCCGAAUUGUUCAUCUGAGUAAUGCGUUCACACAGACCUUUCAUAGCAGGAAGCCUUUCUUUUCCUCCUGGUAGCAACAAAAAUACGUGGGGAGUAAGUUUCUCUUGAGAGAGCUGCUUCUGUGUAAAGGCUCUGCAAUAACGUACUUCUGCUGUACACCAAGAGCUCUGACUGCCGAUGCCUCAGAACUUAAAUUCUAAAGACUUAAGAAAUGUACUUUGAAUGUAAUAAAAGUUUACAAUUUUUGUGUCAAAAUUGUGAAUUCUUAUGUCAGGGAAUGAGAAGACUUGUCCAUACUGUAUUUUUAUAGGCUAAAUUAAUGUAUUCUGAAUAAGGGAAGAUACAGCGUUUGCAUACGCUGAGAAACUACUUUUGAAUACAACAAGAACUCUUUUUGUUUAAUAUAUAUGUGAGGACCUAUACACUAUCAAUUUCUUUUUAUAUUGUCUUUAAAACAAAAAGUGCAGAAUGUUAUCUUUGUGAAAAUGCUUUUCCUUGGAAUUUCUUCCUGAUAUUUUAAGCUGUUUAUAGAUUUUUUUUUUUUUUGCAGGCUAGUUACUUGAAAAGUCAUGCACUAAAAAAAAUUAAAUAAAAUAAUCAAUCUGUCCUUAA